AUGUUGCUGUGGUCUUUGCUUCUGGUCCUUGCUCCUAUCAGCAUGCAGUCAGACUGGCUGAGUAUCGAUAUGUCAUACUAUGUCUAUGAAGGAGACCAGGUGGUGGUGAGGUGCUCUGGCAGAGACAAUAAUAAAAUAAAGAGACUGAUGUUCUACAAAGAUGGAGCUUGGCUACCCGCUUAUUAUAACACCUAUAUCAUUUCAAACACAAGACCCAGUGACAGUGGCUCCUAUUAUUGUAAGGCAAAAAGGAGAGUGUUCGUAUUUAUAGAUGACACGGAAGAAACAAGAUCUGCAUGGUUCACUCUCCAAGAGCUGUUUCCAGAACCUCAAUUGACAACCAGACCCUCGCAGCCCACCGAGGAAGCCUCAGUCACCCUGUCCUGGACCCAGCUCCCUGAAGACAGAUCAGAGACCCAACUUCGCUACUCCUUCUACAAGGGUGGCUAUACCCUGAGGUCAGACUGGGACUCCCCAGAGUUUUGGAUCUCAACAAUAUGGAAAGAAGACUCAGGAUAUUACAGGUGUGGGGCAAUGACAGUGUCUCACAGUGUCUCAAAGCAGAGUCACCAGUCCUAUAUACAAGUGCAAAGAAUCCCUGUGUCUGGAGUGUUCCUGGAGACAGCCCCAGGAGGACCAGGUGUUGAAGGGGAGACGCUGGUCCUUGUCUGCUCUGUAGCCAAAGGCACCGGGAAAACCACAUUCUCUUGCCACAGAGAGGACACGAGGGAGAGUCUGGGGCAGAAAAGCCAGCGCUCCCAGAGAGCCGAGCUGGAGAUCCCCGUUAUCUGGGAGAGCCAGGCCGGGCGCUACUACGGCACAGCUGACAACGGCUACGGCCUCAUCCAGAGCGAGGCAGUGAACGUCACUGUGAGAAGAAUUCCAGUGUCACGUCCUGUCCUCACCUUCAGUGUUCCCGGGGCCCAGGCCUUGACUGGGGAGGCCCAGGCCUUGACCGGGGACGUGGUGGAGCUUCGCUGUGAGGACAAGAGAGCAUCUCCCGCCAUUCUGUACCGGUUUUAUCAUGAAGAUGUUGCCCUGGGGAACACCUCGGCUCCUUCUGGAGGAGGAGCUUCCUUCAACCGCUCUGUGACCGCAAGGCAUUGUGGGAGCUAUGCUUGCGAGGCCGACAACGGCCUGGGGGCCCAGCGCGGUGACGGACGUGGCGGUACUCCACGUCGCAGCAUGGAUGACAACAUAAGCAAGCAGAGGCUGAGCAGAGGAAACUUCUCCUGCAAACGCACCUUGCUUCUCAGUUUUUGCAGAGGUCGUAUUAACUGAAGCUGCCCAUUUGUGUCAGGCUGGCCGUAACUACCACUGGCUUCUGUUCUUAGAUGCUGGAGCUGCCCUGAACAGACCUACCUUCUCCCUAUGCCAAAGGAGAGAAUGCGGAAGACAUUCUUCAACAGAUUCCUGUUCCUUAUGACUUUGCAAGCAAAUUGAGCUGAAUAGACACUCAAAGGGAAAGCAAUGUUUUCAGUGCUAAACUUCUACUGUCGUGUUCAGAACUAACUUAUCAACGGCAAACCCUUUGGAGCUGUUGUUAUGAAAUUUAUAUCAUAGUAUUAAUACUACAAUAUGCAUGGCCUAAGCUAUAGAGAGAGAGAAAGAUGAGUCAGACAUAGUUCUUCACUCUGAGGGAAUUUCACAAUCUAGCACCAGACACGUACAUGUAAAGAUGCCUCCUUAACGCCAGUAUUCUGACAUAAUUAGAACCUUUCAUUACAGAUGGUGAAUUUUAUUAAAAUUUUAUAAAAUUACUAAGACUCACUCUCUUAGAGGCCUGUUUAAUGCUCCUGCUGAGUAGAGUCACUUUACCAGCAUUAUGACUUUUAACCAUCAGAACAGCCCUGUAAAGAUUACGUUCUUUCUGUUUCAUAAAGUAAGAGAUACACUGUUCAAAAUCUUUUAGCUAGAGAUGGUGGGUUAAGGUUCACACUAAGAUCUGUCUCCCCAGCUGCUAGAGGAGCUUUAAAUUGGGCAAAUAAGGGACUUCCCUGGUGGUACAGUGGUUAAGACUCGGUGUUUUAUGGCAGUGGGUGUAGGCUCGAUCCCUGGUCAGGGAACUAAGAUCUUGCAUGCUAUGUGGUGUAGUCAAAAAAUAAAGAAAGAAUAAAAAUAAAA